CAAAAAAGUUGACACCAAAGAUAUGGUGGGUGGUGUUCAAUCGACCCCAAAGAAGAUCUUUUGCUCGAAUCAGAAAACAACGUCCAAGAAAGAAGUUUGGCGAAUUCAAAAUUUUGAAAGCACCACUGGCCAAAAAGAUUUGAGAGGAACGCAAUGACGGGCAACGAAAUCAUCCUUGCUGGCACCCUCACUAUAGGGUUUUCUGAAGUUUGUUGUCGCCAGCAGCUGUCAGGAUAAAAAGUUUAUUAUUACAAACUGAGUAAAUUAGAAGCAGUGCUUCAACAUCACUCUUGAAAUUCAGAAAGUUGUCGGCAGUGAGACAAAUGAUCAUUUUUGCUCGUCCGUGCCAGUAAGAACUUCCCGGUUGAUUGAAUCAUUCAGUUAAAGCAACACGCACAUGAGACUACUCAACAACAGAGUUCUCGCCAUACUUGGAUUGGCUUGCCUUGCUUUGGCAUUGCAAACAACCCUCCUCUUGAGAACGGCUCCUAAUCCCGCACAAAGGUCAACAUCCAUUCCCCAAGAAGAAAAGAUUAUUCGAUAUGCGAGUGUGGGAAACUCCAUGCUGUCAUGGAGCAACUUCCAAAGAAUUCUAGAGCAAGUGUUUCUAGCUGCCGGGUACAAAGUGCAACGAGACUCAUACCUCCGAUUGGGGUGUAGCUUGUCAUCCUUGUACUACGGAUGGUUCAAUCAACUCGAAACAAUUUUUAGUUACAUUGGAUGGACAAACUUACAAGGUGUCUUUGUCAACAAUGAGCAAUGGGACUUUAUAAUGUUCAAUGAUCGGACACAAUGGCCCGCCAGGGACGAAAGCAGACAAGAGACUGUGGGUGUGCUGAAAGAGAUUUAUGCCCCACUGUUGAUGGACCAUCAACCUCAAGCCAUUCCAAUAUUUCUCCAAACCAUGGCUCACAAAGAACCCAACAUUAGUUUCUCGGAAGAUUUGGGCGAUUUCGACGAGUUCUCGCAACGCCUCAUUGACGGGAUUGCCUUGUACAAGCGAACAUUGGACAAACUCUUGGGACGCGACCCCGACAGCAACGAUGCCACUCGGAUUGCACCCAUGGGACGAGCCUACAUCAUUGGUCGUAAGAAAUACCCGGAACUCUGGGAAACCAUGUAUUCUGAGGAUGGCUUUCAUAUGAGUCAAAAGGGAGCUGUGCUUCAGUCAUUUUUGAUGUUUUGGACAAUCACAGGGGAAGCACCACCCCCCUAUGAUCCGACUUGGUGGGACUUCUUGACGCGACGACAGUACCAGAGAUCGGAUUUGCCCAACGAAGAGGAAGCUGCACUUCUCUACGAAGUUGCUCAGUCGGCUUACGAGGAACAGCUAAAGCAACAACAACAGCCACAACGUCCACCCCCGUAGAAUACAGAAAAGUUCGGUUGAUUGGACAAUGGCGUCACGGCGGUAGGCUUUCUCAAAGUUUGUCGCUGUGUGGCGUUGAUCAGCUGAACUACGCGCGAACACGUACGAUGUAGUAUUGCUUCGAACCACACGGCUCGGUGUUGAGUGGCAACAGUGCCACCAGGGAAAGCACAGUACACGUGUACCGCUUCCAUCAUCCUUAUCGACCACCUCCGAAACAUACGGUAGAGUGGCAAAAUGACACAAUCAUCAAUUCUCCUUCGAAUUCUUUGGGAAGACUGACAUCUUCAUACUACAACCGGUAUCUAGCUGGCUACUGGAUGUACCUGUACACAAACACAGCUUUGGAAUCUUCAUAAUUGUUUGUCUAGUUAGUUUUAGUACAAUAGUGUUGUCACG